AUGUCAUCAUCGUCACAAGAAGAAUACUCGUCAGAUGACGAAAGUAUUUAUGAGUCCAAUGCCAGUCACAAAUCACAAGUUCUUUUAGGCUUUGUAGAUGGACCAGUGACGCAAGAUGAUCAACCAACUAUCGAAGAUACAUUUAUUGGUGGUCAACCAAUUUGGCUCCAUCCAGAUUCCAAACCCCAAGAAAGUUAUUUAAUCUGUGAUCACUGUGGGAAAAAGCUAGCAUUGUUGCUACAAGCGUUUUCACCACUUGAUGGUGCGUUGUAUGAUCGAGUGUUGUACAUAUUUGGAUGUAAAGAUGUUCAGUGCUCGAAACAAAAGGGAAGCGUUAAGGUGAUCAGAGGUAUCAGCAAGGAUGAUGAGGUUGUAAAGAGGAUACAAGAGGAACUAAAUGGAAUUAAAAUGAAGGAAAUGGAAGAUAAGUUGAAACUGGAACAACUGAAGAAAUUGAAUGAGGAGUUGACAAAGAACCUUUUCAAGAACGACAAGUCUAGUGACAAUCCAUUUGGAGGGUCGAACCCAUUUGCCAAGAAUGAUAAUCCUUUUGCUGGAGGCCAGUCUAACCCUUUUGUGAAGAGUGAAUUGAAAUCCACCGAGAAAAAUGAAUCACCACAAACGAAUGUCAAGCACCAGCUGUAUGCAGACGCGGCAAAGGCAGCACCCAAACAACCGAAGAAGGAAGAAAAGAGGUUGCAAGGUGGUCUACCUCAAUACAAUGCCAGUUUUGUAUACGUUGAUCUGGAGAGAUUCCACAAGGACAAAGAUGCAGAUGCAGAAUUAGCCAAAUACAAGCAUUUGAUUGACCAAAAUGAAGAUCCAGAGGAAGGUCCCUCAUCAUCAUCAAGCAAAAAUAGACGAGGUUCGUCUUCUUCAGCAGUGUUGGAUCCACACACAACUAAAAUAUCCAAUAUGCUAGAUGACAAGUAUUUUGAAAACUUUUCAUCCACAGUCAAACAUAACCCAGGUCAAGUAUUGCGAUACGAUUUAAACGGUAAACCAUUGCUUUACAAUGGUAAAGAUGAAGUUGCCAAAAUAUUUUUAAACGCAAACAACCAAGCCAGUAUCCCUCGUCCUAGUUACAACCCCAGUAGUGAACGCAGGUUUGAACUACAAUUGAUGCCAAAGGCAAUCAUGGAUCUUGAAGGCUUGGAUGGGGAUAAUAUUGAUAUCAAGGAUAUAUUGAAUGGAAUGUCAUGGGGUACAAUAAUUGUCGGUACAGAUGUUGAAGAUUAUAUACCAGAUGAGAACUUUGAUGAGAAUAAAGUUGGAUAUAUACAAGAGUGGUGUGGUGUCCAAUGGGAAGAAAGUGCUUGA